CAUCAAUAUUAAAACCUAUUAAGAACAUGGUAUAUCAAUUGGAAAGUCAAUAUGCUACUAUUGCUGAUUGUUAUGUAGCAUUGAUUAAAAUAGCUGCAGCUAUAAACCGUCUUCCUAAUAUCAACUUAUUUAAGUCUAUUGAAUUAAAAAAGGAACUAUUAGAAUGUGAUUUAAGAGACAGUGUAAAUGGAUCUACUGUUAGUGCUAGCCAAAUGGAAUUUGUUGAACAAUCUGAAAAAUCUUCUGACUCAUUUGAACCUAUUUCCAGCUAUUGCAAUAUACAAUUAGAUGAAGUAAAUGAUACUAAUUUGCUAAUUGAUGAAGUGAUUGAUCUUUCAAAUCCAGCCUUUGUAGGCAAUAACAAUUCAUUUAUCAAAAGUCAAAGUAUGGUAUCAAAUAAUAAUACAUAA